CAGACGACCAAAGUGAGGUUAUAAUUUCGCAAUCGCUCCCGAGAUGUUAUGUAGUAAAUUAAAACAAAUUGUAUUACCGCAACAGGCCUUAAACAACAAAGUACAGUUUCGCUACUUGAUAACGUCUCGAUAUCUGUGCAAGCAAUGGAUCUGGUACGAUGGGUUUUUGGCAAAUUUAGGUAAAAAAGAAGUUGGGAGUAUGUCUGCUUUGAGGUUUAUUUUGAGGGACUUUCGCGUGUGGAGUGCUUGGACAAGAUGUAAUAUAGUGAGUACGGUGGUUAAACGAUGUAGAAGAGAUCGCAGUGUAAGGGAAGUGAUACAGAGAUUCAAACAAACUUUCUUUCGACCGAGAAGAACUCUGCUUAUAUCCGCUACUGCAGCGUAUAAGGCUCGUGAAGGAGAGGACGACGAUAAUACCCCAGUCAGCUGCGACAAGAACAUUACAGAUGAAGAAUUACAGGCCCUUCUAUCAGAGCUGGAUGGCGUGGAGACAUUGUCAAGGAACACUCUCUUCUGCACCGGUUGUGGCAAGAGACUAGUCAUUGAGAAGAAGCAGCCAGGAGUGCCAUACUGCUCAUGUAAAGUAUCAGAGGUCCCGGCCGAGUCUCCGGACGGAUGGGUUCCCUAUAUGGAGGCUGAGGAUGUCAUCAUUUGGAGGAAGGAGUACAAACCUGGCAUGGGAUUAUAUGCAUAUAAAGUAUACGGCAGGUACCUUGACGUGAGAGCGUCAGAUUUUGCGGCGGUUCAGGUGGAUGGUGCGUAUAGAACGGUAUGGGACGCCGCGGUAGCUGCCUUGGCGGUCGUCGAGCGCAAAGCUAAUGGACUGGCUGACCAGGCUGUACUGCAUUGGGAAGUUUUAUGGCCGAGACUAUUCGCAAACAGAGAUUACGUAUACAUAAGAAGGCACAAAGAAUUCGACGUCGCAACACAAAGUCUACCGCACAAAGACGGACUAUUCCGGGCGUCACAAUGCACAGCUCGAAAAGAGACGGUGUACUCCGAAAGACCGAGUGUACACUCCAAAGCGAAACGGAAAGCUAUGGAAGCCUCAAAUAGGGAAAGGGAUGGAGAGAUGUGUGAUAAUAAAGUAUAUGUUAUCAUGUCGCGGUCCUGUGAACAUCCAAAAGUUCCGGAGUCCAAACAUGCUAUAAGAGUCUCCGAAUAUUGGAGCCAUAUGGUCGUUAAGACCCUUAACGGACCUGAUAAGGCGGGCAUGGAAUUCGUGCUAACUUACUAUGAUGAGCCGGCAGUGGGGGGUAUGCCCACCACGGUGGCUGCCUGGGCAACUGGCCGGGCAGCCCCUGCCUACCUCCAGCGUAUGCGUAGAGCUGCCUGCGACUACAGAGCUUGGAGACGAAAUCGACAUCAAGAGGACUUGCCAGAGUUUAUACCCUUCGCCAAAGACUCGGAGCCCUGUGAGGAGGAUUCCUCGACGUUCGUCAACGAGGAAGACAUGGAGUCAUCUCAAAUGGGUCCGGAGUUAGAACGAUCAGAUUGUACAAGAGAUCAGAGCACACAGACGGAUGUAGUCGCCACGCUACCACACCAGUCCGAAGCCAAGGUCACGCAGCUCUCCGGGAAGGGUAAAAAGAAUGACGAAAAUAAACCUCAAGAUGUACAAAAUGAGACACAACCAAUAUCCUCCGAACCCGAGCCUACUAAGGAAGAGGAGGAGCCCAAAACCGGUGGGUGGUGGCGCUACUUGUAUCCAUUCUAUUAUUUCGUUUGAAAUCGUAGUACAAACGAUGUCAGAGACUAGUCAUCGGUCAGUUUUGCCGAUUGUACUUUUUAUUGUGACGAUAAUAAUGAUAUAAUAAAAAUAAUGAUACAAUUAAAGAAAGAUAAUUCUAAUGAGGUUACAUCAUCAGGAUAAAAGUGUCCACUGGUGAGCAAAGGCCUCUUCUCACACGGGGAAGGUUUGAGCAAACACAAAGCUUCCUGAAGGCGGAUUGGCGAUUUCAAACUUAAAUUAAAAAUUAUAAGUCCAGCUUCCU